AUGAAGGUCCUGACCUACAAGAAUUCCAAGUUCAUGGACGAACACCGCUUCCACUUGCGGAAGGAUCAGCUGGAAAAAGCCAAACGUCGGACUACAGACCUGUUGGAGAGAAUUGCUAAGAAGAAACCCGAAGAAGAGAUUUCCCCAGCCUUUCAGGAUAUGCUGGAGUUGGGAGUGUUGGAGGCCAUGAAGGCGUUGGAGGAGGCCCGCCAGGAUGAUUAG